GACGGCGACUAGCAACAGUGAACAAUUGUAGUCCGAAGGAUGUUAUUAUAGACGGCCUCAUCCUCUCUUUCUUUUCACUUCAGCUCAUUAACGUUGGCAGCUUAUCCAGCUAAAAAAUUUAGCGUACGUUGGGCCAACGUCAGCAACUAAGCCACUAAGUCUUUAUGUUAGAGUCUAGUCCCAUUGUUUUUAUUUUAUAAGUGUUGUGGCGAUUCGGUUUAAAAUUCAGACCAUGGAGUUACAUGCUAAUGACUUAACUUUCGCCGAAGCUUAUUUUUUGUUGAAAAGAAAGGAAGAAUCCCAGUCGAGGACGAAGCGCGUAGAGAGAAUAAUCUACGUGAGCUCCUACGUCGACCUAGAGACAGCCAUGUUGAAAAUUGUUCGCAUUCUGGAGGAGGGAUCGGCGGCCGGUUUAAAACUGAUCAAAUCCUUGUUAUCGACAGUGACCGAGUCGUUCGUCCUUCCGGCGAGUUCUUGGAGGGAUACCAACAACCUCAACAUACUGCACUAUGCCAUCAUCAACAACAGACCUGACGUGAUCAACUACUUACUGACCGACACUGUGUUCUUCUCAAAGUCUCACAUGCCUUCCCUCAACCCAUACGCCCACCUCGCCGCCCUGGUGGGCUACAAGGAGUGUCUCCGCAUAGUACUCCAGAACAGGCCAUGGGAUUUCUUCAGGAUUUCGCAACCCAGCCAUUUUCUCAAACUCCCAGAUGAGAUCAUGAAACGGUUAAAGAUGAAAGAGACGAUCAAAAGCAAUCUGAUGGAUAAAAUAAAAGCGUGCACCGACACUGCCGAGGAGGAGCUGAAGACCAGGGUGUCACAAGACAUGGAGAGCGCAUUUUUCGAAGAGAGCAAGAAAGGGCCCAAGAAACCGUUUGAUAAGCGACGACGCUCGCAGCCGUUCCUCAAGACCAGUAAACACGAUGAGGUCUCUACGACCCCUCAAAAGGAUAAGCCUAAACCAUCCCUGCAAAAAGUGUUUGACGUCAAACCCAUCAUUCACAUCGAAACGGCUAAAACUGACAGUGCUUUGAAAAAGAUCGAAGAGGAACAGAGAAAAGAGCUGGCACUCAGAAAGAGGAAGAUGGGUAAGCACGUGAUCACAGUCUACUGGGAUGUUAUGUCGAAUGAUCCGGGCGGAAUCGUUAAAGGAGCCGGACUGCCCGCCGUUGUCAAUUUCGUUAACACGCUCCAAGUAUCUCGACCCUGCAUCAUGAAGGAAUUUGAUUACAAGUCUAAACUUUACAGGCCCGUCAGCCAUGGCGUGCGGAGAUCGAUCGGCCCCGCCAAGCGAAAAUCAACAGAGCCGGCGUUAUCCUCUACGAUGCUAUCAUCAGACUCCCCAAAACCCCUGGUCCAAAACAAGAGGAUCGAAGUUGGCGUCAGGGGUAAAAAGAAAUACAAAGAAUUCCGUAUUAAAAUCGAUCACCGCGAGACUCGCGAGCCUGAUGAGGCACAGAAAUUCAUGAACAAAACCCCGCUGACCAUCGCGGCUGAACGAGGUCACCUCGACUGCGUCAAAUUUCUGCUUGAGCAAGUAAUCCUUAAGAACAACCCGAUGAUCGCCUCGCGGGAACCUCUAACGUUGGCCACAAAAGCCAGGUGCCCCGAGGCAAUACUUCUUCUCGUCGAUAAAAAAAUGUCUCGCUGGGACUAUCAGAGCGCAGUGUUGGUGGCGAUACGCGAGCUCUUUCCUGACUGUCUGUCGGCCCUGCUGUCGAUCAACGGGAAGGAGCGCACAUCUCUGUUCGACGGCGCAAAUUUAUUCCACGUCCUCUACUCACAAAGCCUCAUCGCCGACUACCGGUACGAAAUGAUGCCGGAAAUGACGCGCGUGCUCAUCAGUUGCAAAGAGAACGUUAACGCCCACAACGUGCACCGCACCUUUCCGAUGUACACGUUGAUCAGCUGUGCGUUCAACAUUACGGUCAUGAAACAGAUGUAUUACUACAUCGAGUGUCUCGUAUUACUUCUCGAAGCCAAGGCGAACCCACAGUACAGCGAGGAGAGGGCGGAGAAAGAUGGCGUGAAAAAUUUGGGGCUGUCCUUCACCAGGAAAUCGUAUUCUUCUGCCAUCAACUGCAUUCUCGAGAGCGCGAAGACAUCCCUGGACUACUUCGAGAAGCCGUAUUGGUCGAAGCUGUUUCUGAAAAAAUUUGUCAUGACGGUAGAAUAUCACGACCGCACAAAAAGAGUUCCCUUAAACGAUGUGCUCUUUGAAUAUAUGAAGUUUGCCUACAUUCUGGGCUUGGAUCGGAGUGUAAUCAAGUCGCUCCUAAGAUAUGGCGCUAACCCAGACUUCCGGAAGGCGGGGAAGUUUGCAAUCAAUAUUUAUUUCGACAGCAUCCUGCCUUACCUGACCAGAUUCGAGGUCAUUGACUCGUACGAUCGAUAUGAAAAGGAACUCAACAACCUGCUGCUGAUAUGUCACUCCAUGACCCACAGAUGCCUGAAUGAUGCCCUGAAGAUUUUCUUGGACGAUCACCUCCUAUGCACGCCGAUACAGGCCUUGCCAAUCUGCCGCUAUUUUUCCCAUCUGAUAAACGAAAUGGUCAAAUCGCCACGUCCCCUGGUAGAGAUUGCGAGCCAAGCGAUUUGGUUAUGCCUGGGUCGUAACAAGUUCAGGGCUCAGAGCCUUGGGCUUACAACGGAGAUGUAUAACCUUGUCGUUCCAUAAUUGCUUUUACUGAUGAAAUUAAAUUAGGC